UUUGUGGGUGUGUGUGUGAUGUUUCAGCAUUUCGCGAUGACUGGCACCACGUGAUGAAGCUUCAAUUCCGAUACGAUUUCGUCCUUCUUUAGAUUCGAAGCGACUCAUUCGAUCACUCUCCAAUUGUGCUCCGAUCACGCUCCAAACGUGCUCCAAUCGUGCUCCGAUCGUGCUCCUAUCGUGAUCCAUAAGAUUAGAAGUGGAGACGAGAGCACAGACGUUUCCCUCGAGCACACGAAACCAGGCUCCGAACGGGAAACGGCAACAGACACUCCCACCACGACGCAAACCGGCGAGACCAUCGAAGACCCUCGGCGAAGGAAGACCGGAGGUUCGAUGCUCCACGCGGCUCACGAGAUGAUACCGUCUCGUAACGUCUCCCUCCCCGAGGACGUGUGUAUCAUAGCAUAGAACGUCCCGUUCGGCUCGUGGAUGAGCUUGCAGAUCGCGACGCCGACUCCGAAACCCCCUUCGUCAUCGUGCAAGUAACCGCGAGCGACCGAGCCAUACGUGCAAACACGUGGCGUCCCGAGGAGGCGAAACACGACCCUCCGCUUUCGAUCCCCACGACGGAGCAUCGCGGCGUGACUGCCUGUCUCAUUCGGGGGUGGAGGCGAGACCGGGUGGCCCACGAGACCGCUUUGGGGAGAACGGUCGGGGGACUCCAGAGGGGAGAGCGGCGAUGACGAUGGCGCCGGCAGACACGUGUCACCCGACUAUUGGGGAGCCGGGAGGAGAGGAGGACGUAGAAGACGACGAUCUCAUCGAUAUGGACACUUACAUGAAGAAACUGGGCCUGGCGAACGCACCCGAGGAGGCUGACAAGGAACCACGCCCGACCCGGAAGAAUCCUGGCACCCCCACCGACUGCCAGGCUCCACGCUACGUUCACGUGUAUUGCUUCACCAGGGAGCAGGCGAAGGAGCGGAGACGGACCAUCGAGACCGGGCUGGACGAGGGAUCGAGGAAGCUCGUGCGGGGAAUGAAGCCGUGCAGGGUGCGUCUCCAUCGACUCGUUCCGUCCGUCGUUCCGUACUUGAAGUUCUUGUUUGAGCCUCCCGGCGUGUCGUUCGCCGUCGGGAACUGUCUUCGCGAAGAGAAAGCCACGAUCUUCCACCUGAUGAACGGGGAGAGAGUGCAUCCGGGGAGCGAGCACCUGUGCUUCCCCCCCGCGCCCGGAUCCCCACGGAAGGAACAGGUGUGCCUCACGCCGAACCCCUACGACGCUCUCGCCGGACGUGUUCCCUCGAGGGCUCCAGGCGAUAAACCCAUGCCGGCCUGCCAGAAGGUGAAGAGGGUGAACCUCCUCGUACCUGCCGGCGCGAGGAGAAGAAAGCUGCUGAACAUGGGAAUCACGGAGAAGAGCCCUUACUUCGCCUUCCAACAACCUCAGCGACCCGACUGCCCGUGAAAUCCCGACGGACCAACGGCCACCUCCCACAAGGAAGCAAGCUCUUCCGGUUCCCUUUCGUCACGCCUCUUCGGUGCUCUCGUUCGCUCGCGUCCC